AUGGCGGACACAUCAAGCUCGCAGUCGCAGGGCACUGACCCGGCGGCACAAUUGCCGAUAUCCUCUACAGCGCCGCCAACCUCCGCACCUUCAAAUGUUGUUCCUCAACUUUCAUCUCCAGCUCCCAUACUGCGGCCGGCCAUUCCCGGUGGUCGCUCCGGUGGCCGGACACCCAUGAGACUUGGGAUUUCUAUUCCCUCAUCUCCCAGUGUAAAACCUCUAGGCAAUCAGCAACAAGCUCAACCCGCGCCGUCGAGACCGCCGCUGCCGACUUUACAUCUUGCUACUCCCAUGGGCUCCCGAGCCACGCCGUACGAGCAGCCUGCCGGAUCACAAGGGAUUCAACCUGGUCAGUCUGCCGAUGGUGGCAGCGAAAGUAGCGCUGCUCAUUCACGUUCCGGCAGUUUUGGGCCAUUAGAUGGCAGGGCAAGCAACCCAACCUCAGCAGGGUCCCAAUUCUCCGCUCUUUCAUUUGCAUCACAGUAUGGUAUUCCGGUGACUCGAGCUCAAGGGACUCCAGACCCGGUAUCAGCCGUCGGGUCCAUGUACUCGGAAAGAAGCGAAGGUGGUGUUUCCAUGGAAAGAGAUGGCAGCCUCCAGGGCUUAGAAGCGUUUGAUCAGCUAAGCUUGGAGAGGGCUAGAAAUGCUGAUGUUGAAGAGCUUGAUGACGAAGGCUGGAGAAUUGCCAGUAUGGAGAAGCUGAUUGUCGAGCUCGGUAAUCUGGGUGAAGGUGCCGGGGGUGCUGUUACCAAGUGUGUUCUGAAAGGCGGCAAGACAGUGUUUGCGCUCAAAGUCAUCACUACCAACCCGGACCCAGAUGUCAAGAAGCAGAUUGUGAGAGAACUUGGCUUCAACAAGGAGUGCGCGUCAGAACACAUUUGCCGAUACUAUGGUGCCUUCGUUGAUCCAUCCACCGCCACAAUCUCCAUCGCCAUGGAGUUUUGUGAAGGCGGUUCCUUGGACAGCAUAUACAAAGAAGUCAAACGCCUGGGGGGUCGAACAGGAGAAAAGGUCCUGGGUAAAAUUGCCGAGGGCGUAUUGGGCGGACUGACAUACCUGCAUACUCGGCGCAUCAUCCACCGAGAUAUUAAACCAUCAAACAUCCUGCUCUGUCGAGACGGGGCUGUGAAGCUGUGUGAUUUUGGAGUGUCUGGAGAUUUCGGAACCAAGGGAGAGGCCAACACAUUCAUCGGCACAAGUUACUACAUGGCUCCCGAACGAAUUACCGGACAAUCAUACACAAUUACAUCAGAUGUGUGGUCUACAGGUGUUACUUUGCUGGAGGUCGCUCAACAUCGAUUCCCGUUCCCGGCCGACGGAACCGAGAUGCAGCCGCGAGCAGGGCUAAUUGACCUGCUAACAUAUAUCGUUCGGCAGCCGGUCCCUAAGCUCAAGGAUGAACCUGAGAUGGAUGUGUACUGGAGCGAUAACUUCAAGUACUUUAUUGAGUGCUGUCUAGAGAAACAGCCUAAUCGCCGUGCAAGCCCUUGGAAGAUGCUCGAGCAUCCCUGGAUGGUUGACAUGCGAGCAAAGCGAGUCAACAUGGUCAAAUACCUGUCCUUUGUCUGGGGAUGGGAUGAGGAACGAGCUUCGUCGUAG